AUGCUCUCUCAUGUGCUUUUCGUCCACAUAUUUUUCUGUAACGGCUCCAUUUUACAGGAGCCAGACAGUAUCUUAAGUAAUUUUGACCAUGUGUGCAACAUGUCCGUGGACUGGGUAGGAUACGGGUACGCCACCCUCAUCGCGUCCGGAGGAGUCAUUGGCUACGCUAAAGCAGGAAGUGUCCCCUCCCUUGCUGCUGGUCUUCUUUUUGGUGGCCUUGCAGGUUUUGGUGCCUACCAGAUCUCCAAUGACCCAAAAAACAUUUGGGUGUCUUUAGCGACAUCCGGAGUCUUAACUGGUGUCAUGGGAAAGAGGUUCUACGGGUCGAGGAAGCUCAUGCCAGCUGGUUUGAUGGCGGGCGCCAGCCUUCUGAUGGUGGGGAAGCUGAGCUUGGCACUGCUCCAGAAACCUGCAGAGUCCUCAUGA